CGCACUGGAUCCGUUGUUCGCAGGAUGCUUCUAAAUGAGUGUUAAGGAUUGGGGCGAUGAGCACGAAACAAAUGCACAACAGCAAGUAAACAACAGGAGCACUUCAAGGCGGGCUGGAAGGAGCAGAGUCUGCCGAUCUCCCUCUCUGUGCAGGGCAGCUUUCCGCAGGACCCUUGGGGGAAGCUGCCAUCCCGGGGGAGAAGACAGGACAAGACUGAAAGAUGUGUUCUGCUGCUCCUGGGUAAACUGGCUAAAACGCUUUGACGUGCCCGUGCCAGAAGAACGGUGCUAUGGCGUGCCCGGGCUUUUCUGCGAAGGCCAUUUAACAAAAGCCAGCUCGCAGCAGAGAAGGGCCUUGAACCGGCCUUCCCGGGGCCAUGUGCUCUGUGCCUGCCCAUCCAUCCCUCUGGCUCCACUUUGGAGUAGGUCGUGGCCCAGCCUUGAGGAAUGGCGGCUCUCACUUUCUGCCUUUGUCGGCUUCCUGCACCUGGGACAGACGAUCACCUUCUUUCAAAUUUACAAGCAGGUGGCCCUUUAAAAAAUGCCGGAGCUGCUUUAUUUUAAAAAGAUAAGAGGGAGGUUUUCUACAGCCCCACGCUGUAGAUUCCUCCUGAAGGAAUGACGGAUCUUACUUUGGCUGAGUGUAUCCAGUGCUGAGCCUUUUUUUUUUUUUAACUGGGGGAGCGGGGGGAGCAGAGCAGCAGAGCAAAACCAAGAUCCCAUGGUAGGGGGUACCCUGGCGCAUGUCCAGAGCUUCAGGGAAAUGACCCGCAUGGUGCGAGGAGCCGCUUCAUUCCCAAAUCGAUAUCUUCGACACCAUUGAGCUGAAGCAGAAUGGACUUUUCCCUUUCUGUUUGCCUUUAUACUGCCCAGAUCCUGGAGGGUUGGGCAGCCAGUUUUCCAACACUGGUGUUUGUUUUGUUAACAUGAGAUUUCCCGUCGUGGUUCCGGAGUCCUGGAAAUGAUCCUGGAGCUCUUGGAAUCAGUGAGCACAAUCUGUCAGCACAUCGUGUCGGCCUCGGGGUGAACCUCAUGAAAGUGGCUGCCCAGAACUUCGUCCAGAACACGAACAUCGACAGCGGACAGAAGAGCAGCGACGGCCCCGUGCAUCGCGUGGACAAGAGCCUCGAGGAGUUCUACGCUUUGUGCGACCAGUUGGAGCUGUGCCUGCGCCUGGCCUAUGAGUGCCUCUCGCAGAGCUUCGACAGCGCCAAGCAUUCCCCGACGCUCGUGCCCACGGCCACCAAGCCAGACGCGGUCCAGACGGAGAGCCUGCCCUAUACCCAGUACCUCAGCAUGAUCAAGUCCCAGAUCUCCUGCGCCAAGGACAUCCACAACGCCCUCCUGGAGUGCUCGAACAAGAUAACGGGCAAAGUGCCUUCCCAGGGCAUGCUGUAGCCGGCCGGCCAGGCGCUCCGCACGGGCGCUGGGGGAGCUGCCGGCUCGUGCCGAUCGGCCAGAAGGGGGCAGCCCCGCCACUGAGGCCCUGAGCAAAGGGGCCCGGCUUCCUUCCCUCCUGGCCUGCUCCGCCUCUCCCUGUGAAUUCCUCCGAGGAAUUCCCUGCCUCUCUUUGGACUGCAGGCCGGGGGCCUUUGCAGCAAUCCAGGGCUGCAGUGACUGGACUGUGGAGGGCGCUGCUGACUCAUGAGCCUCGCUUCCAUUUCCCCCAUGUAUAUUCUUCUCUGAAGAAAGCUGCUGCAGGGCCAUCCCAUAAUAGGAGAAGCCCGCUGCAGCCAGGGCCUGCUGGCACAAAACCCCCAAUUCUGAGAGGCUCCAGAGGUCCUCCUUCCACUGGCUUCUGGUUGUUCUUCUCCUGCCGAAGCAAGACGGGCCUGAAACCAACCUUACAAGACUGCAGCCGGCCUCUGUCGCCGCCGGGGGGGGGUGGUGGAAGGGGGGCUCGUUUCUGACCCGCUUCCCCUCCAGAUCGUUUCCCAUGGCUGCAUUUCCAUAAAGUGGGACCGGUGUGCCCGUUUGUGUACUGCGA